UCUCCAUCAACUUCCCUCAGUAGUGAUCGUAGCUCUUCUGGUGCAUCUUCUUAAGGCUUCGGGUAAUCCAUCUCCAGAAGCAUCUUGGGACCAUGCUGUAAGGGAAAAGACUGACUACUCGACAAGUUCUUCUUGGGCUAAGCACCUUUACCUCACCUACCCACCUAACCUAACCUACCGCGCCAUCAUCAGACAUACUGAAUAUUUAGACAACCGAACGACACUUCAACUGCUGCAGGUGGCGAUUGCAGGACGAGUAACAAAACGACACAUCAACAUCAUACAUAAGUAGAAGUACAAGUCCUUAUUAUAACAAGUCGAUAAGAAAACGCUUCUGGAGGUUUACCUGCUGCUAGUACUCAUCCGAAUUGUUGUGGACGACCGUCAUUUCUACAACGUGGGGAAAACAGUUCUAAAACAUCACGAAGUCAGAUCAUGUCGGACGAAAUAGCAAGUACUCAGAAAGACCCAGUAGAGGGUUCGGCGGCCUACAACGGCGCGGUAGUGGAACAAGAGGAGUACAAUGGA